AUGCCGAUGUUACUCAUGGUGUUGGUCCAGAUGACAGAAUCCGCGAAAAUAUUGGUCUACAGUCCGACAAUAAGCAUCAGUCACAUGCAAAUGUGUGCUAGGAUAGCGGACGCAUUAGCAAAUGAUGGACACGAUGUGGUAUGUGGAUUUCUCUUUGAUUUUUAUAUUGUUUUAGGUAGCAGACGUGUUGGGUUGGUGGUUUUGGCUAUAACUAUUUUAAUUUUUGGUAGUGCUGACUGUUUUUGGCCUUAAAACAAAGAGAAAAUACUAUUCUUUAUGUACAGAAAUGUUUUAGGAGUUUAAAAAGCGUUUAGUUUGUUGAAUUAUGGCCAAGGAUAUUAACUCUUGCAGCUUUUUUUCAAAAAUCAAAUACUUUUUGAUAUUUCCAAACAAAAACAUUAUUUUCAGACAAUAUUGAACGUCGAAUACCUGUUAUCACCUAGUAAUAACACUUUUACAAAACUUGCGAAGAAGGUGGACAUUGAAUUGGUCGAUCGAGAUGGAAUUAUCCCAGUGAACAUGGAGAAGAUCAUGCGCGAGUCGUUUGAAUCUUCCAAUGCGCUGAAACACUACGAUUUCAUUAUGGCAUAUGAGGAGAAGUUUGCCAUGUUUUGUAAAAGUAAGCUUUUUAUUUUUGGUUUGUAACAGAUUGAUCAUUUUUUAUGAAACGGGUGAAUAUCAUUAGGUUAGCUGACACUUUGACGUAUAAUUUUUAUGAGCUGAUAGUUUUAGGUAAUAUUUGAGAUUUUUGUUGAUAUUUGAAUAGUUUAUCUAUUCCUGAAAUUUUUUUUUGAUCAGAGUUGUAUUUGUUGAGUUAUGAGCGAUUGACUUUAUAUUAUCCAUGAUAAACCCUGAAAUUUGAUGUAAUUUUUGUAAAUUUGUUUCAAUCUGUUUGAUAUUUAACACACUGUUAGAUAUACAAAUACUAUUUGUUUAAAAAAAGUGUGCUUGAAUUUGAUUGAUUUUGAGGUGUAAAAUGUUUUAUAUUACCCAUAAUAUUGUGUUAAAAAGUUUGAUAUUAUCUAUUUUUUGUAGAUUUUUCAAAGUUUUUAUACUUUAUUGUAUAGAAAAUGACUUUUUAGAGCACGUACAAAGCAAAAAAGCGUACAAUUACAUCAAGAACAAUCAAUUUGACAUGGUUAUCAAUGAACAUGUUGACCUUUGCGGCACAGCGAUGAGUUAUAUGGGUGGGAUUAAAACUAAUGUUCUUUUAUCUUCGUAAGUUUCUUUGAAAGCUUUAUUAUUGUUUUCUUUAUCUAUUUUUGGCUUUUUGUUCAAGGAUAAGAUCAAAAUAUUUUAGUUUUGAAGAUUUCUUGUUUGACCAUCUACUUUCUGUCUAGUGUAAUAUAAAAAUAGUCAAAGUUAUGCCACGUUCACGGUUAUUUUGGCUUUUUUUGAUGGAUAUAUAAUUCCAGAUGCCCAUUGUUUGAACACACAGCAGCAAUAAUUGGAGCACCAACACCAGUCAGCUAUGUACCUAGUUUUAGUUUCAUGAAGUUGGGUGAUAAGCUCAACUUCUAUGAACGACUUGAAAACGUCGUAGGUUAUGCGACAAGUUAUCUCGGACUACGGCAAGGUUCUAGAAUGGUCAAUCACAUCUUUCAGGAUGCGUUUAGGUAAGCUUUACCUUAUUUUAGGUUUGCUUCGAGAUUUUACGGGCAUUUAUAUUGUAGUAGGUCAGUUGAUAUGAAUUUUUGAAGAUUUUAGGAAAUUUUAGGUGGAUUUAGGUUAUUUUUGGCGUAGAAUUUUAUAUCAAUGGAUAGACCUGUCUUUUAUCUUUCUGUAAAGUCUAAUUUUGUAAUUUCAGAGAAGCCUACGACAAAGAUGUAGACGAAAUCGCUGGUGACUCCGUGAUCACGUUGAUCUAUGCUGAUGAACUAAUUGAGUUCCCAAGGCCAAUGUUGCCUAAUAUGGUCUAUAUUGGUGCUAUGGGACUAUUAGAAGAAGCUAAAAAGGCUGAGAAAAAUGAAAAAUUGGAAAAAAUUUUGGUCGAUGGAGGAAAAGGUAGGUUACUGUAACUUUGAAAUUUGGUCUGAUUUUAAAAUACUGUUUAUUGGUUUAGGUAACAUAUUAGAUAGUGUGGAUUUGCUGAUAAUUUGGGAAUUUUAGCUUUGCGGUCGAAAAAGUUAUGGCAUUUUUUUGAUUUGAUAUGAAAUUUUUGUGAAGUAGGUAUAGGUUAAGGCGAUGUAACUUUUUCAUUUUUGAAGAUUUUGAAAUUUGCUUUUUCGAAUUAGAUAAAAAAGUCAAUAAGCUUGGCUUAUUAAACGUUUUAGGGCUGUAGUUUGAUUUUUAAAAAAGUUAUAGCUAAAAAAUGGCAAAAUUUUUGGAUUUUUUGAUGUUUCGGCCGUUUUUUAAACUUCUUUCUUUUGGAUAUUGUAUAUUUCUCACUCGGAUCAAUCACGAAAACCACCUACUUACCAGAAGAGUUUCUUCUAAACGUAAUCAAAGCCAUGAAGGACAUGCCCGACUAUCAAUUCAUCUUCAAACACGACAAAGGUCACGAACAACUGAGUAUGUUCAUGGAAGCUGACAAUAUCUUAUUCACCGACUGGGCUCCUCAACUCAAAAUUUUGAAAAACAACAAAACCAAGCUGUUCGUCUCACAUGGAGGCUACAAUUCGUUGAUAGAGUCCGCGUACUAUGGAGUACCGACUAUCAUUAUGGGCAGUUUUAUCGACCAGUAUCGGAAUGGAAAGUUGGCCGAAAGGAAUGGCUGGGGAAUGAUAUUGGAUAAAGUGGCCGUUAGGAAUGAAAAUGGAGAGAAAUUGAUGAAGGAGACUAUGGAGUUCAUGUUGAACUCGACUGAAACCGAACGGUAAGGGUUUUGGCAGGAAAAUUCGGGUUUGAAUUGAAAAGUUGGUUUUGUAAAGAAAGUUUUUGUCAUUUUUUUUGUCUUGUAAAGAAAGUUUUUGUCAUUUUUUGUUUUGUAAAGAAAGUUUUUGUCAUUUUUUGUCUUGUAAAGAAAGUUUUUGUCAUUUUUUUUUUGUAAAGAAAGUUCUUGCUAUUUUUUGUUUUGUAAACAAAGUUCUUGCCAUUUCUUGAUUUGUAAAGAAAGUUCUUGCUUUUUUUUGUUUUGUAAACAAAGUUCUUGCCAUUUAUCAAAAUUUGUUUUUUUUUCAGAUUUUGUGAAAAAGCGACCAGAACCAAGAAUCUGAUGCAGAAUCGACCACAAGUAGCGAUGGAGCGCCUGACCUCGAUGAUUAGAAUGAUUGAAAUGGGAAAUGGCACCCUGCCCGAACUCCAACCUUAUGGUAGAAGCCAGUCCUUCUUUGUCUACUGCCAUUUCGAUGUGGCCAUAUUUGUCUUGACGACUUGUUUCAUUGCUGUGUUUGGGACUUUUACUGGACUGUCGAAACUUUUCAAAGUCAUGCUUAAAGAGUUUGGUCGAUUCAAGGCCAAACAGGAUUAG